UCAUCUUCAUCCCCUUCAUCUUCCUCUCCAUCACUUUCCUCAUCCAUGUCAUCCUCAACAUCAUCUUCAUCACCUCCUUCUUCUUCUCCAUCAUCUUCAUCGCCUUCAUCCCCCUCAUCUCCAUCACCAUCUCCUUCAUCUCCUUCUUCUUCAUCACCUUCAUCUUCAUCCCCUUCAUCUUCAUCCAUCUUCAUCUCCUUCACAUUCAUUUCUUUCAUCUUCAUCUUCUUCAUCUCCUUUAUCUUCAUCUUCCUCCCUUUCAUGUUCGUCUCCUUUGUCUUCAUCCCCUUCAUCUUCAUCUUGUUCACAUUCAUCUCCUUCAUCAUCUCCUUCAUCUCCAUCACCUUCAUCUUCUCC